AUGUCAACAGAUGCCCGACAGCCACGACAGUCGGGGCGGAGGCGGCCGUCGGCUCUGCGAUCACCCGCUGUCAAUCAGGAUCAGCAGCUCCCGAGAAGACGUUCGUCUGCUAUUCGACGAAAUAUUGAGACGUUUAAUCGCAACCGCGCCCAUAAUGUCAGAAGGGGCUCAGAGCAAGUCCCUCCCACCCCGAGUCGGAUGACGACAAGAAGCAUGGCAAGAGAGGACACGGAGGACGACGUAGAGCAUACUGGGUCGACAAUGGCCAACAUAGAGAUGGACGAGUCCCUAGAGACAUGGCAACCAUCUCUUGUCAUAGGGUCUGCUCUCUGGUUAGAGUACGAAGACCCUACCAAGAUCGAAAUUGCCGACAGGAAGGUGCUGCAAACCCGUCUGCUUGCAGAGCAUUAUCAAAACUAUCAAAAUGUUAGCGCCCUUACCCAGAUGUAUGAGAAAGCGGUCCAGGAGCGAGCCCAACUAGACGAGAAUGACGAAGAAAACACAACACCAAUAUCAAAAAUCCCAUCUCUUCAAGCCAACGCCAUUGCCAACAGGGUUAGCGCUCUCCAGACCGUACUGGCAAGGUCAACAUUUGGGCCGGAACGAGCCAACAUUGAAGCAGCGAUAGCCGGCUACGAGUCCGGCGACAUCCCCUAUUCCGACAAGUACACGGUAAUCUGGGCAGGGCGUAUUGCUGACCGCUUCGGUGACUACGAGUCCUUCUCCAACGAAAAUCGUGCUGCCCUGCUAGACCGUUAUGCUGCAGAGUACGGCCCAGGAUGGAUCUGGUAUGAGCCUUCGCUCUCCAAAGAAACCGACCUGUACAGCGGGCAACCAACCUCACAAGCGAAAGCCGCCAUCUGCCUCACCAACAAAGAGAGCUGGCGUACAAGCCGAAAUCACAGGAACAUCGGCCACUAUCGAAUCCGGAUGGCUUUCAGACGUCGCCAGGAACACGUUUCUCGCCCCUGGUCCAGCUCCGGGCCCAGGUCAGCCAAACACAAGCCCAGAACAGCCCGAAGCUACCUCCGAAGCACCAAAACUGAUCUCGACGAAGACCGCUCCGGCGAAGGUGAUUACGACGACCCAAACGACUACAAGCCCCGCAUGGAGAGCUUCCCUACCGCCAACUCCGUCAUCUUCGACACCCUCUUCGACACCGGCGCCACUAACCCCUGCCUCUACUCCGAUGACAUCCCCCUCCUCGGCAUAGACAAACACUACUACUCGGCUCAAUCCGCAAUCCACAUCGCCACAGCAACCGGCACCGAAGUCAUCUCCGAGUAUGAGCUCGACGUCGCCCUCAUCGACUCCGACUUUGCCUUCAACACCUCAAUCCGAGUCCCCGAGCACAUGUCCUACCCCCUCCAGCCCCCCCGCCCCAUGCGCGUCAGCAUCUUCCCCAACACCUCCAACGACUUUUCCAAAUCCGCCAACGCCGACCCCGGCCGCCUCUCGGGCCUCUUCCCCCUCAUAGAAAACUACCUCUCCUCCGCCCCGGGAAACUACAAAGUCUGGCUCGGCUCCUCCCGCCUCGAAGUCCUCGGCACCGCCCGCCUGCCCCCCGAAAUGUCCUUCCUCACCACAACCCCAAACACCCCCUCCAAACCCGCCACCUUCCCCGACCCGGCCGCCCUGAAAAAAUAUCAACACCAACUCCUCCACCACCCCCCCACCCGCGCAAUCUUUGAACACAGCUACACAAUCCCCACCUCCAAGCUCCCCCUCACCCUCCGCGAAGACGAGUCCUCCACAAAAGGCACAACAAUCCUCUCCGGCCCUCUCCCUUCCAAAGGCCCCCUCUCAAUAAAAUACGACCUCGACUCCCCCACCGCCCAACGAGAACUCUCCAAACUCACCUCCUCCUCCUCCUCCUCCUCCUCCUCCUCAUCAUCAUCAAAUAUCUCCAUCCUAAAAAUACCCCCCCAUCUCUCCCCAAGGCCAACCGACCCUCCUCCCCCGCAAACAGCCGUCCUCACCCGAAAAAGAGCCACACCAGCCUACCACCACCCGAUCUGGUCCAACAGGGUCACCACCUUCUCCGACCCCCCUCCCGAACGGGAGCGCAAAAAGGGGAAUGUCCUGGAGCGAAUGGACAAGAUGGGCCAGACGUGGAGGCAGCAGAUGAUGCAGGAUCAACAAGCGCACUCGUCAUCUCAGCAGCCCCCUCCUCCGACGCCAUCGCCCAGAACGGUGGUGACAAGUCCCAGGCUGGGAAAGAUGUACAAUAGAAAGGGGGAGGUGAUUGGGUAUGUCGAGAUGGGGGGCGGAGGUAGUGGUGGGAAUGGGGAAGACACCGAGAUGGUUGGGUCGUGA